AUGAGUUCGGAUUCGACAUCAGAGAGUUCAACUGUGGCCACGCUUGAUAUUCGGGGAUUUCCAGCGAAAUGUCCUUGCGGGACUGCGAUCACAAUCUUCACAUCGGAAACUGUCAAGAAUCCGGGGAGACUUUUCUACAUAUGUCUUACAAGAAGAAAGCACCACUUGUUUAAAUGGGUUGAGGAAGCUGUUCUUGAAGAGGUUGAAGAUGCCUUACCAAAGAUUGCACAACUUGAAACUGAGAUUAACAAAAGAAAAUCAGAUGUUGAGGAUUUAAAGGGCGUGAUAUAUGAGUUGAUGGAAGAGGUUGUGAGAACUAAAACAGAGAUGAAGAGAUGUCAAGUUAUGAUGAAGUUUGCGUUUGUGAUCAUAUGCUUGAUCACCAUUGUUAUUGUCUUAGUUAAUUCAUGUAGACAUAAGUUUGUUCUUGGCUUAUGGUGA